CAAACACCCUUGACAUCGAUCAGGCACAUUCGUGCAACGCAGCCGCUUGGCGAGGGCAUUCGAGGUCUUCCACCCGCCCCUUCCUAUAUUAUAUCACACACAUCAAGACGACCCAAGAUACAUGGUAACGAAACGAUUGCCACUGCCUGUGCCCAAAGGCUUCUUUGUGUGCCCACCGCUCAACCCCAUCGCCGUCAAUGUGCUGAAGCAACGAGCGCAAGUUGGGUUCUCAGACCUGCUCGCGGACUGCCAACUGGAGGCAGAGACGAUUCGGUGGAAACUCGACUCGGACAUUGAUGGGUUGGUCUUGUACAGUGGAAGCCACAGUCACAGCGUAGGAGCCACCAGCUCGAACGCGGCGUCGAUUUUGGCCGUCACCACGAUCCAAGCGACGAUCGACGAGCUUCCGUCCAUGCUUCGCUUCGACAGCCACGACCUCUUUGCAGACUUUUGCGCGUCCUAUUACACGGACGUUGUCGACUGUGCGUCGUUGUAUACGCUUUCGGCAACAGAAUCGCCAGAGUAUGUCGGCAUCAAGUGGGAAGCGCUGCAGAGUCCCGUGCAGGGAUUUAUGAAAUCUCGAGAUUGUUCCGUCGUCGAGUGCUCCAAGUCGUUUACCCAACGUGAUGGCGUGCGCGGCUACGCCCGAAGCGUCGAGUCCGUAGAUAUAGCGUGCGUCCCCGACCUAAACGCGACCUUUGGCCUCGUUCGCAUGCAAAUUGGUCGGUGUGGCUUUGUAUUGAAAGAAACCCGCCGACUGGGGGUACUACAGGCCAUGUUCCUCCUCCAAGCGGACCUCAAGGGAUCGAUCCCGCAGUGGAUGAUUCGACUGGUGCUUCGAGGGCGUGCCAAGGCCUUGGCCGGACUAGACGCGUACUUCCGCCAAAGACGCCUCGCGGCGGUGGCUAUGUUGAGUCCAUGUGACGUGGUGCCACUGACUAAGCGACAGCGUUGCGCGGUAUGCCAGGAUAAACUGCAGGACCGGAUCUCAGCCCGGUUCAAUUGCUCCGUGUGCGGCGAGGUGGUGUGCUCGACGUGCCAAAACGUGUGGUACCUCAAAGAUCAGCACCGAAAAGCGAGUGUGUGCACUCAGUGUUCAGUGGAACCGAAAGGCCCAGCCCGCUUCCACCGAGUGUCUAUCACAUCCAAGUCGGGCACGAGUUUAUCCCACACUUCGGUGCUGGACGACGAAGCAGGGUACCUCUGCACCGGCGUGGACCUUCAGUUUGCGGACGCAUAUGCUGCAUUGGACACAAUCGUGAUGGAGAGUGUUCGAGGUCACAACAGCAAUCGCCGCCAAUCCGUUCCGGUGGGUCUCCCUACGUGCAACAAGCCGACGAUCCGGCCGACGUCGUCGUCGGCCCCCCCUCUCGUGCACUUGUAUACCCCCCCACCCCAGCGUGGAAAUGUCACAUCGAACGACUCCAAGGUCGACUUGCUGCUCCAACAACUCAAGGAACUCGACUUUGACGAUGCCGUGCUAGCGCAGUUUCAAGCGUCGCGAGUAGGGAGUAGUGACGUGUGAUGUUCUGUACUGUAGUACCGUAGCCAACACUUCCAUGUGUUUGUUCAGUAGAGAGUGUGUAUGUGUG